UUUCCAUGAAGAAAAACUUUGCGGUUCUAUGGCAUUCAUCAUUUGACAAAUUCAAGUAUUUUCCUUAUCAAUCAGCUAUUAUUGAAUUUACUAGCAGUGACUGUGGAAUCCUUAAGGGGCCACUAAAUCUCUGAAGAAGAAAGCUAAGAUGAAGGACAUGCCACUCCAAAUUCAUGUGCUAUUCGGCCUAGCUAUUACUACACUAGUACAAGCUGUAGAUAAAAAAGUGGAUUGCCCACAAUUAUGUACGUGUGAAAUCAGGCCUUGGUUUACACCCAGAUCCAUUUAUAUGGAAGCAUCUACAGUGGAUUGUAAUGACUUAGGUCUUUUAAAUUUUCCAGCCAGAUUGCCUGCUGACACACAAAUUCUGCUCCUACAGACUAACAAUAUUGCAAAAGUUGAAUACUUCAUAGACUUUCCAGUAAACCUUACUAGCCUGGAUUUAUCUCAAAACAAUUUAUCUUCCGUCACCAAUAUUAAUGUAAAAAAGAUGCCUCAGCUCCUUUCUGUGUACCUAGAGGAAAACAAACUUACUGAGCUGCCUGAAAAAUGUCUGUCUGAACUGAGCAACUUACAAGAACUCUAUGUUAAUCACAACUUGCUUUCUACAAUUUCACCCGGAGCCUUUAUUGGCCUACAUAAUCUUCUUCGACUUCAUCUCAAUUCAAAUAGAUUGCAGACGAUCAACAGUAAGUGGUUUGAUGCUCUUCCAAAUCUAGAGAUUCUGAUGAUUGGGGAAAAUCCAAUCAUUGCAAUCAAAGACAUGAACUUUAAGCCUCUUAUCAAUCUUCGCAGCCUGGUUAUAGCUGGUAUAAACCUCACGGAAAUACCAGAUAAUGCCUUGGUUGGACUUGAAAACUUAGAAAGUAUCUCUUUUUAUGACAAUAGGCUUAUUAAAGUGCCCCAUGUUGCUCUUCAAAAAGUUAUAAAUCUCAAAUUUUUGGAUCUAAAUAAAAACCCUAUUAAUAGAAUACGAAGGGGUGAUUUUAGCAAUAUGCUACACUUAAAAGAGUUGGGGAUAAAUAACAUGCCUGAGCUUAUUUCCAUCGACAGUCUUGCUGUGGAUAACUUGCCAGAUUUAAGGAAAAUAGAAGCUACUAACAACCCUAGAUUGUCUUACAUUCACCCCAAUGCAUUUUUCCGACUCCCCAAACUAGAAUCACUCAUGCUGAACAGCAACGCCCUCAGUGCCCUGUACCAUGGUACCAUUGAGUCUCUACCAAACCUCAAGGAAAUCAGCAUACACAGCAACCCCAUCAGGUGUGACUGUGUCAUCCGUUGGAUUAAUAUGAACAAAACCAACAUUCGAUUUAUGGAGCCAGAUUCACUGUUUUGCAUGGACCCACCUGAAUUCCAAGGCCAGAAUGUUCGGCAAGUACAUUUCAGGGACAUGAUGGAAAUUUGCCUCCCUCUUAUAGCCCCUGAGAGCUUUCCUUCUAAUCUAAAUGUAGAAGCUGGGAGUUAUAUUUCCUUACACUGUAGAGCUACUGCAGAACCACAGCCAGAAAUCUACUGGAUAACACCUUCUGGUCAAAAACUCUUGCCUAACACUCUGACAGAAAAGUUCUAUGUCCAUUCUGAAGGCACACUAGAUAUAAGUGGCAUAACCUCGAAAGAAGGGGGUUUGUAUACUUGUAUAGCAACUAACCUAGUUGGUGCUGACUUGAAGUCUGUUAUGAUCAAAGUGGAUGGUUCUUUUCCCCAGGAUAACAAUGGAUCUUUGAAUAUUAAAAUAAGAGAUAUUCAGGCCAAUUCCGUUCUGGUGUCUUGGAAAGCAAGUUCUAAAGUUCUCAAAUCCAGUGUUAAGUGGACAGCAUUUGUCAAGUCUGAAAACUCUCAUGCUGCCCAAAGUGCUCGAAUACCAUCUGAUGUCAAGGUCUAUAAUCUUACUCAUCUGAACCCAUCAACUGAGUAUAAGAUUUGUAUUGAUCUCCCUACCAUCUAUCAGAGAAACAGAAAACAAUGUGUAAAUGUCACCACAAAAGCUUUGGAUCCUGAUCAAAAAGAGUAUGAAAAGAGUAACACCACAACACUUAUGGCCUGCCUUGGAGGCCUUCUGGGGAUUAUUGGUGUGAUAUGUCUUGUCAGCUGCCUCUCUCAAGAAAUGAACUGUGAUGGUGGACAUAGCUAUGUGAGGAAUUACUUACAGAAACCAAGCUUUGCAUUCAGUGAGCUUUACCCUCCUCUGAUAAACCUCUGGGAAGCAGGUAAAGAGAAAGGUACAUCACUGGAAGUGAAAGCGACGGUUAUAGGUGUGCCAACAAACACGUCCUAAAAACAACCAACUAAAUCUACUUCAAAGAAAAGCUCAAGACUGCAGUUGUGCUUAAAACAAACAAACAAAACAAAAAGGCAGAGAAACAUUACUUUCUUAAAUAGAAGUUUAAGCUUCACCAAUGCUGCUCCUGACAAAUGGAAAUAUGUACAAGUUCAGCAUUUUAAUUAACUGGUUUCAAGGGGUACUGUGGCAACCAAAUAAAAUAACUCCAUUUUCUAGAACUUUCAUGUAACUUUUAUGUCUGGACUACAGUUCACGUGGACAAAAACAUUUCUGUAUUUUUUUUAAGUCUAUAAGAGUAGUUGAACUGAGCAAUACCUCCUCCUGUGUUGUAUUACACAUAUUAGCCACGAGUUUUUGCAGUGACCAGAUAAACUUGAAUUGACACGUUGUGUAAUAAAAUGGUCAAAUUCUGUAGAGUAGACACAGUGAGUAUGUGGACCUCUUUUAUAAGGAAAAAUACAUUUUGGAUUAAAAUCAAUUGCUUUUGUCUUGUUUUUGUUUCUAAAUAAAGAAUAAUUUCUGGGAAA